AUGGAAUACAAUCUUGGAGCGCACGCAUCUAACUUAAACAGGAUGCUCAAACAAACAGCCUCAGGUGACACCGGUGAUGGCGGUUCGGCAUGUGAACAGACUAAAAGAUCUAUAUCGGAUGAAUCGUCUCCGACUCCGCAGCCUAACAAACCCGCUCAAACAACCUGCUUUAACAACUGCGUGACUACAAUUAGCACAGCCAGUACACUUGGUAAUAUAACCUCAGCCACUGUUCCUAAACUCACUCCGAACGUCGUGAAUGCCACGACCAGUCCAACGGAAAACAAAACCAAUCUUAUCAUUAAUUAUCUGCCACCGAAUAUGAGUCAGGAGGAAGUUCGUGCAUUAUUCUCCAGUAUCGGUGAAGUGGAAAGCUGCAAACUCGUACGUGAAAAGACCUCUGGUGAGAGUUUAGGUUACGCAUUUGUUAAAUUCUACGACCCGUCCGAUGCAGGCAGGGCGAUAAAGACGCUGAACGGAUUGCGGCUACAAAACAAGACAGUGAAAGUCUCUCUCGCUAGGCCUAGCUGUGAGGCGAUCAAGGGUGCCAAUCUGUAUAUAUGUGGGUUACCACGCAAAAUGACGCAACCGGAAUUGGAAAAAUUGUUCAGCACUUGUGGGUACAUAAUCACCGCCAGAAUUCUGUAUGAUACGAAGACGGGCAUGUCCCGUGGGGUCGCAUUCAUACGUUAUGACCAGCGCGUUGAGGCAGAGGCUGCUAUCCGAAAUUUAAAUGGGUACUUACCUCCUGGAAGUAGUGAACCAAUCACUGUAAAAUUUGCGAACUCACCCAGUUCAAACCGUACAGAAGCCGUGAACGUGUGUUACGCGAAAUCGACUGACGACGAUUUGAACGCACGGUUUGCCUCCAAUUCCACAGUUUCACCUGCUUGCUCAGGAAGUCCAUUAAAUGGGCCAGUAGGAGGGACAGGAGCAGAUAACUCAGGCUCUAGUCGCUUGCAAACGACAAACAAUGGAGCACAAGAUCCCCAAGCGCGGCAGGCAACUGACAGUGAUACAGAUCGUCGAACAACGCCACCAGGCUUCGUGUACCAAGCACAUCGCACUGGACUCAACCAGCAAAAUGUUCCAGGAUGUAACACGGUAUGUGCCUACGGAAAUACUGCCGGUGGAAGCCCCGCCACAAACGCGAUGGUAACUCACAGCGGGACUUGGGACCAUUCCCAAACGAUUCCUAACAAUUAUUCGAUGCCACUGAACAACUCUGGCAGUGUUAACGGCUUAUCCACGGCCCCAAUGCAGCGGCUAACAGGAGCACAUCGCCUCAAAUGUCAGGCUGCUGCUGCUUCUGCAACGACAUUUUCUAACGCCACCGGGGUUGGAUUACGACCUUCCAAUCCGUCACCCGGUGGGCCUGCUCCGCAAAACUUUCCGACCGGGCUGCCUAGCUUUGGAGUGGAUCAUCUAAUGCGUGGAUUAGCUCCCAGCGCUCAUGCUUUACUAGCACCUGCUUUUGCCGCAAGCUCUGGGGCACUUACGGCUACCGGCUGGUGCAUUUUCGUUUACAACUUAGCUCCGGAUACAGAGGAUUCCACACUCUGGCAGUUAUUCGGGCCUUUUGGGGCUGUUCAGACAGUCAAAGUCAUCCGUGACCCCGUGACAAGCAAAUGCAAAGGCUUCGGUUUUGUGACCAUGAGUAAUUACGAGGAAGCGUUGCUCGCAAUACAUUCGUUAAAUGGAUUUAGCUUAGGCAAUCGAGUGCUGCAAGUUUCUUUCAAGACCACGCCUAAUUCUCGACACAUAAAAUACAUGAAUAACAUGUCCCAAGAUGUUGCUAUGGUCGCUGGCUUACACGGCACACUAACCCCAGUUCCUGGUUCAUUCCGGAAAAGUAAUUAA